AUGGGUGUUCAAUCAGUUCUAAAGAGAAAGUCAGGUGUUAUUGUUGGUGAUGAUGUUGCAGCGUUGUUUAAAUAUGCUAGAGAGCACGAGUUUGCUAUUCCAGCUAUUAAUGUAACUUCUUCUUCUACGGUUGUCGCAGCUUUGGAGGCCGCUAGAGACAACAAGUCGCCAAUUAUUUUGCAGACUUCUAACGGUGGUGCAGCUUAUUUCGCCGGUAAGGGGGUUUCCAAUGAGGGUCAGAAUGCAGCUAUCAAGGGAUCGAUUGCCGCAGCGCAUUAUAUUAGAGCUAUUGCCCCUGCUUAUGGUAUUCCAGUUGUUUUGCACACGGACCAUUGUGCUAAGAAGCUUUUGCCAUGGUUUGAUGGUAUGUUGGAGGCAGACGAGGCGUACUUCAAGGAACAUGGGGAACCAUUAUUUUCUUCCCAUAUGUUAGAUUUGUCUGAGGAGACGGAUGAUGAGAACAUUAGUACUUGUGCGAAGUAUUUCACUAGAAUGGCCAAGAUCAACCAGUGGUUGGAAAUGGAGAUUGGUAUUACUGGUGGUGAGGAGGACGGUGUUAACAACGAGCAUGUUGAGAAGGAUGCUUUGUACACUUCUCCAGAGACUGUUUUUGCAGUUCACGAGGCUUUGGCACCAAUUUCUCCAAACUUUUCUAUUGCUGCUGCGUUUGGUAAUGUUCAUGGUGUGUACAAGCCUGGUAAUGUUGUUUUGUCACCUGAGAUUUUGGGCGAUCAUCAGAAAUAUGCUUCCACCAAGAUUGGUGGUGAAGAGAAGCCCUUGUACUUGGUGUUCCAUGGAGGUUCCGGUUCUACUCAGGAAGAGUUCAACACUGCUAUUGGCAAUGGUGUUGUUAAGGUGAACUUGGACACUGAUUGUCAAUAUGCGUACCUUGCAGGUAUUAGAGACUACAUGUUGAACAAGAAGGAUUAUGUUUCAAGUAUGGUUGGUAACCCAGACGGUGAAGACAAGCCUAACAAGAAAUACUUUGACCCAAGAGUCUGGGUCAGAGAAGGUGAAAAGACCAUGUCUAAGAGAAUCUCCGAGGCAUUGCACGUUUUCCACACUGAGAACCAGUUGUAA